AAUUAUUUAUUUGUAUCUCUCAAUUUUAUUCUUAUUAAUUUUUAUAGUACUACUUAUUUUGUACUCUUACACUAUAGUUAAACCAAAAUUUCCUGCAUCUACCUACACCCCCCUUCCCCUUUGAAAAAAAAAUACUAGUAGUAUACUAGUACUUUGCUAUAGAGAAAUUACUCUUCACUUUUGUUCUUGGUUUGUUUGUUGAAUUGCAGCUGGAGUGGAGAAAAGGAGAAUUGAACCCAUUUGGUACCAAAUUUAAGGGAAGGUUUAGGGUUAAUCAGAUGCCGGUCAAUUUAAUCCAUGAUGCUGAUGGUUUACCCAGAAUUGUGCUCACUGAGCCCAUGGGAUCAUCUGUUGAGAUCUUACUUUAUGGUGGGCAAGUUGUUUCCUGGAAAAAUGAACGAAGAGAAGAGUUACUUUUCAUGAGCAGCAAGGCCAUUUGGAAACCGCCAAAAGCCAUCCGAGGAGGGAUUCCCAUCUGCUUUCCUCAGUUUGGCAAUUUCGGCACACUUGAGCGACAUGGAUUGGCAAGGAACAGGAUGUGGUCGGUAGAUGACAAUCCGGCACCUUUGCCUCCUGCAACCAAUCAGUCAACUGUGGAUCUGGUAUUAAAGUCCACAGAAGAAGAAUUCAAGAUAUGGUCUCAAAGCUUUGAAUUGAGACUUCGGAUAUCUCUCAGCCCAGGGAAGCUCACAUUGAUUCCCCGGGUGAGAAAUAUUGAUAGCAAAAGCUUCUCUUUUAUGUAUGCCCUUCGUAACUACCUGUCCAUAUCAGAUAUCAGUGAAGUGCGGAUUGAAGGUUUAGAAACAUUAGAUUAUCUUGAUAAUCUAAUGAACAAAGAAAGGUACACUGAGCAGGCAGAUGCAAUUACUUUCGAUGGUGAGGUUGACCGUGUAUAUCUUAGAACUCCACCUAAGAUUGCAAUUAUAGAUCAUGAGAAGAAGCGCACCUUUGUACUUCGUAAAGAGGGCAUGCCUGAUGCAGCUGUAUGGAAUCCUUGGGAUAAGAAAGCGAAAGCUAUACCGGACUUAGGAGACGAGGAUUACAAAUCAAUGCUGUGUGUGGAUUCCGCUGCAGUUGAAUCACAAAUUGUCUUGAAACCGUCAGAAGAAUGGAAAGGCUAUCAAGAAAUCUCUACCGUCUCUUCAAGUUACUGCAGCGGGCAGCUUGACCCUAGGAAAGUGCUAUAUGGCUUCACUUAAAAACUUGAUGCUCCAAAAAUGUAGCUCCAAAUUUAUGAGUAUUUAUUUAUGUUCCAUUUUCAUGGUAAAAUUGAUCAUCCAGAGUUGAUUGUGUCAUCAUCUAUGUUAUGAUAGUAUAAUCUAUAUGAUGCACCUCAUAUUAUAUGUUGACCAUUUUAUUUAUAUAUAAAUUGCAAUAAAUUUAGUUAUUUAUA